UGCAUUGUAUGUAACCUUCAUCCUAAGACCUUAUGCCUGUUUCUGCUUGAAAUAGGCUCUUGUCCUUUGUACACGUUAGGGGAGGGAGAAAGAGAGUCAAAAAGCCAUCUUGGUGGUUGCAAAUGUGUGAUCAAAGACCUGAGCAUGAAUAUGUGUAUGCAUGAGGCUGAUGCACAUAGAGAAGAUGGGUAGGACUUUGAUUGUACAGGCAAGCCCUCCAUCUUGGCUUUUUUUUUUUAAACUCUCCUCCCCUUUUGACUAUCACUUCCUUCAUAGCAAUUUGCACACUCUAUAUCGUGUGAUCUUUUCUUUUCAUCUUGACUUUUAGAGGUAUCCUGUACUCCCAGUAACCUACGGAGACCCUUAAGGUUCUAUUUCUAGUGCUACCACUACUAAAGUGAAGGCAUUAGUAUUCUUUUCUCAAAGCUGGCCUUACUGCAGCUCUCCCAUAAUCGGGAGAUAAUAAAUGUUUCCAGCACAUGGGGAAUUUUUUUUGUAUGUUUUAGUCUGAAAUUUCUAUUUAGACUGUCUUUCCUCUCAUAUUCCAAUCACUCUCCUGUCCUGUACUUCAGUUUUAAUUUAAAUUUAACUUCUGCAUUUCCUAAUCUUUAGAAUUAUUCUAGGAUUUUUUUUUUAACCGGAUAAAUGAUAAGCCCAAAGUUAGUAUGCAGAACGAAGCUUGGAUUCAUAAACUUUCUCAGUAGAACAAACUUCCUUAAUCCAGACCUUCCUUCAAUCAUCCCACUUAUUCGAUAGUGGUAUUUUGGUUUGUAGACAGUUAUUGAAAACUGCUCAAAGUCAUUAAGGAAUGUACAAUAGCAAUUAUUGUGGAUACAGAAUAAUCUGGAAAUAUCCUGCAACCAGGCAUCUACCAAAAAAAGACAUUUCUUCAUACUUCAUACUGAAAGCUUGCAUUUUUCUAUACUCCAGAGACCAAGUGCAAAGGAUCUUUUCAUAAUCAAAUAAAAAUCUCCCAUGUUUCCUAUACUGCAUUACAUUACUAUUUGCAAUACAAAAAACGUUUGCACUGUACAUGGACAUAAUAGUUGCAGGACUUUUUUCGGAUACUUGAAAAUAGGCAUAUGUCAAUUAAGUUCCCAAAUAGAACCCAAAUGUUGUCCCACUAGUUACUCGAUGGGGCGCUGAAACCUUGUUUCACGCGCCUCAGAGGCCGGAAGGGGCGGCGCAAAUUACCAACUCCAUCAUAAUCCGUUUCGCUUUCUGUCUGGUCGCUCUUGUGUGGUGGGCCCGCCCUCUCCGGUUUCGUCUUCGGCGAUUUUGCCCUCGCAACCUCCCCUCCCCCCCGAAAAGCGCCAAGUAAACUUCACCUUCCCCCUCCCCUUUCUUAUUGGACAAGGAGGAGGCGGGCGAGAGGCGGGGUUAAGGGCCGGGCUCCCGCGGACCGGGCCGCGCAUGCACGAGAGUGAAACUGAGCGCCUGGACGGAGGUGACCGCAUAGUUGAGAUCUGCCGGCGUCCGCUGCUGCUGUUGCUGUUGUUUCUUCGGCCUCCGUCGGGGAUAGACGAGGGCCCGCCAUGCCGCCUCCGGGUCAAGUCCGUCUCCCAGACCUAGAUGCGGUGAAGCUCCGCGUCCGAAGCCUAAUCAGCACCCACUGGGUGAUGAUCUUCAGCAAGAGCUACUGCCCCUUCUGCAGGAAGGUGAAAGAUCUCUUUCAUUCUCUGGGAGUAGAAUAUAGUGCUCUGGAACUUGACAAGAUUGAUGAUGGACCAAGUAUCCAGGAAGUAUUGCUAGAAUUGACGAGCCAAAGGACUGUCCCCAAUGUGUUUAUAAAUGGAAACCAUAUUGGUGGAUGUGAUCAAACUUUUCAAGCUUACCACGAUGGUACAUUGCAGAAGCUUUUAGGGAAUGGAAAGGGUGAAGAGAUGGAAUCGUAUGAUUAUGACCUAAUUAUUAUUGGUGGUGGUUCUGGUGGACUUGCUUGUUCCAAGGAAGCUGCCACCUUGGGGAAGAAGGUCAUGGUCUUAGACUAUGUUGUGCCAACACCAUUGGGUACUACAUGGGGGCUUGGUGGUACUUGUGUAAACGUUGGUUGCAUUCCCAAAAAGUUGAUGCAUCAAGCAGCUUUAUUAGGUCAGGCACUUGAAGAUUCAAGAAAGUUUGGAUGGGAGUAUGAUCAGCAAGUUAAACACAAUUGGGAAACCAUGGUUGAAGGAAUUCAAAAUUACAUAGGGUCUUUGAAUUGGGGAUAUCGGGUGGCUUUACGUGAGAAGACUGUGACAUACCUCAAUGCAUAUGGAGAAUUUAUUGGACCACAUAAGAUCAAGGCAAUCAACAGAAAAGGACAAGAAACUUUCUACACAGCAGAGACAUUUGUUCUUGCUACUGGAGAAAGGCCGCGAUAUUUGGGCAUCCCCGGAGAUAAAGAAUAUUGUAUCACGAGUGAUGACCUCUUCUCCCUCCCCUAUUGCCCUGGAAGGACCUUAGUUGUGGGAGCCUCUUAUGUAGCUUUGGAAUGUGCAGGAUUUCUUGCUAGCCUUGGUUUGGAUGUCACCGUUAUGGUACGCUCAAUCCUUCUUCGUGGCUUUGAUCAAGAAAUGGCAGACAGAGCAGGUGCUUACAUGGAAACACAUGGAGUAAAAUUCAUCAGAAAGUUUGUUCCUAUUGAGGUUAUAAAGCUAGAAGAUGGUAUCCCUGGAAAACUCAAAGUAAUCGCAAAAUCCACUGAAGGAUCACAAGUGAUUGAAGGAGAAUAUAACACUGUUUUGAUAGCUGUUGGCCGUGAUGCUUGCACCAGGACUAUUGGCUUGGAUAAAAUUGGUGUGAAAAUGAAUGAAAAUAAUGGGAAAAUACCUGUGAAUGAUGAAGAACAAACCAAUGUACCUUAUGUCUAUGCGAUUGGGGACAUUUUGGAAGGAAAGCUGGAACUUACACCAGUUGCCAUACAGGCAGGCAAGCUAUUAGCUCGCAGACUUUUUGGAGGAAGUUCUGUAAAGUGUGAUUAUGUCAAUGUGCCAACUACAGUGUUUACACCUUUGGAAUAUGGUUGCUGUGGCUUACCAGAAGAAAAAGCUAUUGAACUAUUUGGUGAAGAAAAUAUAGAGGUAUAUCACACUUACUUCUGGCCACUUGAAUGGACAAUACCAAAUAGAGACAACAAUACCUGUUAUGCAAAAAUAAUCUGCAGUAAGCUUAACAAUAACCGUGUAAUAGGAUUACAUGUACUUGGACCGAAUGCUGGGGAAAUAACCCAAGGUUUUGGGGCAGCAAUGAAAUGUGGUAUCACAAAAGAAUUACUUGAUGAAACAAUUGGUAUACAUCCAACUUGUGCAGAGGUGUUCACUACAAUGGGAAUUACCAAAUCUUCAGGAAAAGAUAUCACUCAGAGUGGUUGCUGAGGUUAAACCCUGCUGUUUAAACUAUUUUCUGAUGGGCCACUAACCUAUUGAAAGUUUCAUAAUGCAUACCAAAUACACGGGUAAAUAAGUAAUAUGUGAUUGUAGUAUUUUAAUACUAGAGAUGAUGCAUUUUUGAACUUCUAUAAAAGAUGGUGGUCUUUGCCAGAAAUAGUAAAACAGCAGGGUGAACAUUAAUCCUGACAUAAUUAGAAUGGCACACAAGUGCAUUUUUGAAGUUAUGGCUCUGAACCUCAUCUGAAGGCGAGUCAUGACUGAUGAUUUCUAUGCAAGUUGGGAAAACCUAUUCGUCCAGUCAAACAAGUAGAAAAAUUUAUUCCAGAGAAACUUCUGAAUUGCACAGGUGGAAUUUUUUAGUUUCAGUGGUUUUGUAUGAACACUCAGGCACAGUUGAAUGUAUGGUUGAUAAAUUUUGCUAGCAUGCCCUGUUAACAUUGUUGAGAUACUAGUGCAUUUUGUUAAUUGUUAAUAUGAAUGCUGAGGUUUGUUUGCAUUUUUUAUAAAUAUUCCAGUUCAUUUAUUAGAAUCUGUUAAUGCAUUGCAUUCCCCUGGGCAUUAAAGUUCCAGUGACAUGAAAUAUGAUGUGUGUUUUUUGUAAAUGAAAUCCUUAUAAUUCUAGUCAUCAGAAAAAACAGUGCUAACACAUGAAAUUAUCUUUACAAGUUUUGGGGAACAGUUACUAUUUUGGCAUUUCCCUUUAAAAAAAUCUUCCAUCCCCCACAUAUAUUCUAAAAUAUUCCCAAAUAAAAUUGAAACCAUCUGCUUAUGUUUUCUGUUUGUGCAGUAAGCAAAUAAUUUCAGCCAUACAAUGAAUGUAUUUGGUUAGGUUGGUAGUUUAUAAGUACGUUGCCUCAACUUUGCCAUAGCAAUGACAAUUAGGCAUUGUGCUUUGUGAAAUUCCUAUUACAGUAAAUAGUUUUAAUCUGUGGAGAUCUCCUUGGCAAUCCUCUACUUGGGAUACUUUGAGGAGGAGUUAGGCCUUUGGUGUCCAAAUAUAUAUGUUUUAAAUGCUUCAAUUCAAAAAUUGUAUUGCAUAGAGAGUUUUAAACUAUGAUGCAUCAUGGAGAGAAGUCCAAUAAAUAAGCAAUGUUAUGUGUGUAAACUGUUAUAUUCAUUAAAAAAAGUGCAGCUUUUACUAAAAUAA